AUGGGCGACCUUCAACCCCCAUACCUGACCAUCCGGACGCUCAGCAGCGGCGCCGACCGGAACAGCCUCACAAGCACCGACUCGGCCUAUGCGUCUGCAAACAGCGAUUUCACUGUGCCGUCGACCACACACGAUAUCGGCCGCGUCAACUACCACGUCAAGCACCUCGACUCCUUUGCCCGCACACUCGAGGACUCAGCCAGCCGCGCAUUCCCAAACCGCGGGCGCUCUCAUCAACGGUACACCAAGGUCGUCUCCUUGCUGCUGCACUGGAAAUCAGACGACUUGUUUGUCCUUCCCGAGCUGGAGGAUCUAGAGAAGUGCUUUCGCGAGGAAUACGGCUUUGAGACGGACACAUUUCCUAUCCCGUCCGAGAACGCUCAUCUUGAGCUCAUGAUGCGCAUUGGCGCCCUCAUCAAGGACCACGAAGCAACCGACACACUAUUUAUUGUCUACUACGGCGGACACGCGCGCAUCGACGAAUCGAGGCAAAGCACUUGGUGCGCAACACGGAAUCCAAACUCGCCCUGGCUGCAGUGGUCAGCCAUCCAGACCCUCCUCGAGCGCUCCGUCUCGGACACGCUGAUCUUGCUCGACUGUUGUGCCGGAGCCGCCAGUGCCACGUUCCCCAACGGGAAGAGCAUCACAGAGACCAUUUCCGCCUCCAGUUGGGACGCCAUCGCCCCGGAUCCGGGCCGGUACUCUUUCACGAACGCGCUCAUCGAGGUGCUCCAGGAGUGGCGUGUGCGUACGUUCUCGGCUGCUAUGCUGCAUGCCGAAGUGCUUGCUCGGUUAAAGCAUCCUCGCCCCAUCACCAUCAACGGCAAGCUCUUCGAAGCUCGCUCCACCCCAGUGCAUUUCAUGAUGACGGCCAACCACAGAGCCCCGAGUAUCGAGAUCAGUCGCAUCCUCCCUCGUAACCGCCAGCUGCCUUCGCCGCCAGCAGAACAAGACUAUGGUCCCUAUCUCCCAGGCCCUUCUGGCGGGCGUGGACCGCUCAGCGAGCCGGUCAGCGACCCAAACGAGGAUGAGCCGCAUGUCAUGAUUUCGUUGGCGUUGGAGGACGACCAAAAUCUCGAUCUGAAUGCUUGGGAGCAAUGGCUGUCCAGCUUCCCUGCCCUUGCCAAAUAUGUCAAGGUACAGGGUGUUUUCAAAAGCCACUCUACCCUCCUCCUCCUCUCAGUGCCAGUGAUGGUGUGGGACCUACUUCCUGAGAACCGUGCUUGUUCUUUUGUGGCCUUCAUUCGGUCCAACAACCUCAUUGCCGAGAAGCGAUCCACCACCCCCGAGAGCGUCUCGACCACAAUACCAGUGCCAGUGCCGACAGACAGUGCUGCGGCAAAGGCACCAGAAAGCGGCAGCACCAGCAAUGUCGAUGUCUCCAAGGUCAGUGCCACCGAGACUGUGACCGCCGACGUUGACGCUGAAGACGAGAGCGACGUUGAGAGCAUCGACGGAUACACCAACUCCGUCAUCUCGGGUACCACAUUCACACCAACAGCACCCAGUGUCCGUAUGAGCAUUGCGACCACCGCCGUCAGUAUCGGCGACUCGAUCUCCCAACGUCAAUACCCUCCGCUGCGUCCUCCGCCAGUGACGUCUGCAUCGUCCUCCUUUAUCUCACGACCUGCACCAGGAGGCAUUCAACGCACGCUGUCGCAAGGUUUCGGACACGGUGGGCCUGCCACUCCUUUCGAUCAAACGCCAUCGAUUAGGAGUGUUAGCCCCAGCCAAGUCCGUCCGAGUGGUAUGUCGUCGUCAAGAACCGCCAUCGUGAACCAACAACGAAUUGCGAGACGAACAACGUUUGACCGUGCGGGCGCGGCAGAUGGUCCGAAGCUCGCACAACAUAUUGUCGACCGCCUCGAGGAGUAUUUCCAGCAGCAUCCCAACCCGAGUGUCGGUAUUGCCGAGUUCUUCGCCUCCAAUCUCGGGGUUGAAAAGCGGGACAUUGAUCUUUGGUUCCAUCGACGGCGGCAACAAGAGUCGAUGACGCAGAACCUGCAAAAUCUGAAGAUGGUUGACCACCCAUCGUUUGACUAUGGCGAUGGAAGCGGCGCCAGCAUGAUCCUCCCGGGACAGUUGAACAGACUGCUUGACAUCUUCCCUCCAAACAAUCUUCUCUUUGUUGAUCUGCGGUCCCCGACCGACUUUGACAAGUCUCACAUCUAUGGAGCCGUCAACUUACGAACUCCCGUUUCCUUUAUUGAGCAGGGGUUCGAUCUCCUUGACAAAGUAUUCACAGACGACCAAAGUCGCAGGAACUUUGUGCGGGCACCGUCGUCCCGGUGCAUCAUCUUCUACGACCGAGUUCUGGAGUUCCCUUGGGAAUGUCCCAUGGCGGACUCUCUGAUCGGUCAACUCCGCACCCACAAGGGCUGGACGGGUGACUACUAUGUCCUCAAGGGCCAUUACCGUGAGUUCUCGGCGUCCUUUGAUAAGUACAUCACGGGCGACAAGAUGUCACAAGCGGCCAAGGACUACGUCGAUAGCCUGCGGCAGCGGACGCCCCUCUCGGAAUCCGACAAGGAGCGUACGGAGCAUAGCUACGCCGAGUGGAAGGCACUGGUUGAGCAUGAAAGCCGAAACUCGCUGCCGGACUCGACUGCGCACCUUGACGAGCGGCGGCAAGCUGUUGACCAACACCAGGCUGAGCUCGAGGCGGAGCUUGAACGCCGCAAUCCAGUGCUCUACCGGAAAGCCUUGGGCCUGCGGCAGAUGCCUCUUAAGAAGAGCUACUCGACGACGAACAUGCACAGCAUGACGAAGGGUGGCUUCAGCGACAAGUACCUCGAACACAACCUGCGGACGGAGCUCGUCGGUCCUCUGACACGCGGCCUCGAGAAGAUGCACAGCCACGAUCAAAGCUACCUCGGCCACAGCGACUCGCCGCAUCAAGUCACACCUGGCUACGACAAGCUGGGCGAGCUUACAGAAACGUCGUCCCGGCCGUCGGCGUCUGAUGAGUUUGAAGAGAUGGAUCCCCGAGACGAUCUGCUACGGGACAGCCCAGGUUUCCCAAAGGCAGGCCACCAUGCUGGCCUGGGUGGCUCCAGCAACGACGUGGGCACGGGCAGGGGCGGCUCGAAUGCGGCCGACCUCCCACGCAGCCGUGAGAAGUCGUUCUGGAAGCGCCUGCGUGUCAACAAAUAA